CGUCGAGUGAACUACGAAAACCAUCCAUCAGCAGUGUAGACGACGGUUCUGAAGGAGAGCUUUACGGUGUGCUCGUUACGAAGCGCGGCACAGCAUGUACGUCUUUUUGGUUUUAGCCUCGCUGAUGGCUGCUAACCCAGCGUUAGCGUACUUAUCAGCGGGACUGAAGGAUCAGUUCCUGUCGGACGUGCUGUUGCGUGAGCUGGCCGACAGAAUGGGGAAGGAUUUGGCGGAGGCAGCUGAUUCCUACAUCGACCCGGCAGCCCUAGACGACCUGUCCGUCGGCCGGUUGGCAAUGAUGGCACGCGUGACGAAGGACCUGGAGUCGGAGCAGCUCGACUACGACGCCCUGUUGGAUGGCUCGAACCCGAACCCGUCGCCGCGCGAUCAGGAGUACCUACAGCAUAGCUCACUGUGGGGUCACCAGUACGUUUCGGGUGGUGCCGGCGAAGGACCCAACCGCCCGAAGCCGCAGGUGAAGACCGACGCCAGUCUGCCGGCGUACUGCAAUCCACCGAAUCCGUGCCCGGUCGGGUAUACGGAGGAUCAGGGUUGCACGAUGGAUUUCGAGAAUACGGCCGCCUUUAGCCGCGAGUAUCAAGGAGCGCAGGACUGCAUGUGCGACACCGAGCACAUGUUCAACUGCCAGGCGACGGCACAGAGCGAAGGCAACCCGCAGAUGGACUCCGACUUGGAAAGCUUCAUCGCCCGGCAGUUUCACACGCAGGAACACAAGAACCUGGUGGCCAAGAAGUUCCACGUCAAGAAGAGCUCCAAUCCGUUCUUACUCGGCGAGAAGCUACCGGUGGCUGCCAAGAAGGGAUUCAACGUGAAUGUCUAGGUGAGUCUAAGGCUGGCGUACGUAUGCGGCGUAUCAUCAACGGACAAUGGCAAUGAAAAUCAAAUGAUCCUCCCUACCUUAGGUUAUAAGGCACCAGCAAACGAUACACUCACAUCCUAUCCAAUCACAAGUGGGACCGAGCAAACGAACACAGAAUUACGACUAAAAUUUUCCAGUAGCUGGGCACAAUAGGCAUGAAUACUUUGAUACUUUGCAAAGGCAGGAAGCUCCCUAACUGUCUAACUUUUCACUCUGGCUAGACGGUUGAUGUUAGGACAGAAAUCAUCAAUUCUAUGGCACCCUUUUUGAAAGCGUUAUGAUCGCCUGUCGAUCAAUUCACAACCAAGCGAGGAAUCUCUGACUCUCGACACUUUUACCCAUCAUCUUUUCUCGGGGACACUUUUCCCGGUCCCCAGCACGGCAGGCGAUCUGAUAGAGUGUAUUUAUUGUUACGGUCCUAGCGGACACUUUCAGAAGCCAGCGACACUUAACGAAGGCAUUCAAUAAAUGCAAGAAAGUACGCCUUUAGUGCUAUCCUCUUUCAACACGUGCGACGAUCAAUGUUUAACGGCAGAUGCUAGAAACUGGUGGAUCCAGUUCCAAACCUAUAUUUUUCUACCAUGCAACCAGCGGCACUUAAACCGGAGCUUUCACUAAUAAAUAUUACGCUUUGACGAUGAACAAAAUCAGCUUAGAACAGCCCUUUCCAUCAAGAAACGGAAUGCGGAUAUAGAACCCCCGAACUGAAAUCUUUGGUAGCAGUCAACGAGUCGAAAAGAAUUCAAAUACGUCUUAACCUAACGAUAAGUAACUAAAGCAACCUGAACAAAACCGGACCUUGAUUUUUAUUGUGUUGUGUAGGCCCAUUAUUCCAGAAAACUGCAAACGGAGUCAAUUCGAUCAGUCAAGUUGUCUCUCAAAAGAUCUGCUAGCUUGCAGCAGAAAUUAUCAGACAAUGAACAAUGACCAGCAAAUACCUUGCACCUAUUUUAGAAACUAGAAAAUAUGCAAUCUUCGUUCUGGAAUUUACACCUUGUCCUAUGAAAUCGUUAUUGGUUUUAGGCUUUGGUUUCGUAGGCCUGUAACGGCCGUCUGUUAAAAUAUGGACGUGCACUUGCUGUGUGGACGUACGCAACGAUAAAGCUCUUUUCCUGAUCUCUUCGAUGCAAAACCCACCAACAGCCGGGUUUCGGUAGCAUUUCGGUUUCGAAAUCCACAGCCCCAUUUCAUCCGGGCAGAGUUAUCGUGUGAACCGAGGGCGAAAGGAAAUGAGAUGCUCGUUGGGAUUUUCCACAGCGAGUCGUCACGUUUAUGCAAAUUUUUUUCCACUGUCGAACCUUAAUAGAUGUAAGCUUUUUGGUUUCUCCAAAUUUUCAAAAACAACCAAUCAUGCUGCUCGCCAGAGCACCUCCAAACUGCUAUUCCAUAGACAUAGUGUAGUAUAUCUUUCACAACGGUAGGGAUUAGUAAAUCAUCGUGAAUGUCACCAACCAAAUAAAUUAGCAAUGAACAGCUGUGAUUUUCUUCUGCCCUGGCAAUACACACGCGAAACUGAUGUUCGAGUGUGUUGAGUCCAAACGCCAAAGAUCAGUUUCGGAGGCAAAGAAAAUCACACCACCGAUUCCUGCCCUGCCGCAUUACCAUCAGAUGGGCACUAGGGUCGGGAAAUUAUCGAGCCUAAUAUUCAACCAUAAGAAAGGAAGAAAACAGUAUCGCAAUCGACUAGAAAUUUGACUAUAACUUCUUCGCAACAAAAUAACACGUGGUGCCGACCGACAGGAUGCAAAACAAACAGCAGAACGGAAAACCUUUUUGCAUUCCACCGCAAAGAACAAGGUUUCUGUUGGUAGCACUACAAAUUAAAUACUGAAACAGAAUGCGACACAACGAGCAAUGUUGCAACCUUGAUCGAUAGGGUUGAUCUUCGUGCCCGUUUCGGCUGGCUGCAUCUACAUCUUGAGCCAUGGGCUUCGGACCGCUGGUAAGCCCUCACGGCGGUCGAACAUCAAACGGUGGAGACGUGAACGGACGUUACGAAGAAAUGGAAUGCAACUACAUUCCAUCUACAGUUGGAUUCCAUUUCCUUCGCCGCACGCUUCCAUCGAUUUCCGCGGAUUCGGAGUUCCGUUUUUCGAAGUGGACACCAACGGCAACCAACGGCAACAUCAUUACACUGAAUUACACACCAAUGACACAGAACAGCGAGCUGUCCUCGCGAAACACACGGACCAGAGUGUUGGGAUGUGACUAGGGCGAGAGAAACAUGUAUACAUGGAGCAACAUACCAAUUUCAAACCACACACCACAAAUUACUGUUAGUGAUACGAGAGAAAGAAAGAUAACGAGCGGGUAGACGCGAGAAUGCAUAUUGUAAAAUGGCAUAUUUAUAUUAUUCACUCUGAUAAAGUCGCCGUGACUGGCGAUGGGCACGGAGAGAGCAAAAAUUAUAUAUAUACAUAAAUACAUGUAAUCUACUUUUGUAUUUAUAUCCAUAAAUAUUAUAUAUAUACACACAAAACUCACCGUACAUAAACAGUAUGCCGAGGUAAUAGGAACGUGUAACGAGAUCAGAACAAAAUCGAAUCAAAGCAGCUGUUUAGUACUUCGAUUAUUUUAAUAAAUAUGACAAUAUUCAACUAAUAAUUAUAGUAUACACGCCAAAACACACCGAUACAACAUGCCGUUUUCUGGCGCCCUCCUAGAAACCCCGGCGCCAUCCUGUUUGCCCGCGGAGGCCAAUACAAAAUCGUGUACCGUAUCCCCGUGCUAUUUACAUCAUCGUAGACCAAACCAACCGAAAGGAAUGGAUGCAUGCUAAACGUAUGUGGCUAUGUUAAAACAUUGAAAGAGCUUUAGUACGGUUUAUUUCUAAGUUGAUAAAGCGCAUAGUUUCAAAUCAGAAUGUCCACUAGUGAUCAUUGAUUAGUGCCACGACCUCAUUCGACAGCAUGCUAAGGCCACGUGUUGUUGAACCACGUGUUGACUAGAGGUGCUCCUGAAAUGGAGCAGAAAAAAGCGCACAGGAAUGGAAAGUACACCCGGAUCAACCAAAACCAUAUGCCAGUUCAUGAAUGCUUCUAAGACCUCUUCUAUAGUAUUAAACCACACACCUACACAAAAUGGCAGCUAACCCUAUCCUCCUUUUGUAACUUCACCCGUCUUUCACUCACGCGAUACAUUCAACAUGCUUUCUUACCCGGUAACGUGAAUCAAUAUAUCAAUUCCAAAUUAAAUGAAUACAGUUUUCGAGUCUCCGGACUACUGUUAGUCAACGCAAGAUAACAAGUUGUUGAAAUAAGAAUAAUCAACUCUAUGAGAGCAAUAGUUACAGGACAGGAGGGGACUGGAAUGAACCACAUUCUAUCAACAGCGUACGUCUAGUAAAGUCACGCCUGAACUGCAAACCACACGUUCCGUAUAGAACUACACAUCUGAAGCGAACGAGAGAGGGUACAACACCCACAAACGCAGAAGUCGAAGGAACACGGGGAAAGAACGAAAAAAAUGAAAAGUUAAACUAAAAACAACUUGCAAAAAAAUUAAAUAGAAAUAUAUCAUAAA